AUGCUCGCGCUCACCUUCACCUGCCGCGCGCUGCUCGUCUUCCUGCUCUCGGAGUGUGUGGAGGCAGACAGGACAGCGCCUUUCCUGAUCACAGAGAACAUGUGGCCUCGCGGUUGCGUCCUGGACUGCCAGAAGGGGCACCACAGACCUGUGUGUGGUAGCAACGGCAGGUUGUACAAAUCGCUGUGCGCCUUCCAGAGAGCACAGUGCAUCAACACACAGCUCCGCCACGCUCCACAGGCAAACUGCUCAGAUCCGAGCCAGUCCAAAUGCCAUCUGGCCCGGUCUCAGGCGCUAGAGGCCAGCACGCACAACGGUGGCAGCCAUGUUAGCCCUGCAGCUGCCGUCUUUGUGCCAGAAUGCAGCUCAAACGGUCACUUCCUGCCAGUUCAGUGCCACAACCAGACCGGAUACUGCUGGUGCUCCACCCCUGACGGCAAGCCUGUCAGCGGGACCUCGGUCCUUCAUGUGACCCCCAACUGCACUGAUGAUGUUGAUGAACCUGGACCUACGCUGGACAGCAGAAAACCUGCAGAGAUGACAGCUCCUCCGUUCUGGGUGACCAUCCUGAUGAACUCUGACCCCAAAAGAAACCGCUCAGUCAGAAAACCGACUGGUAAGAGUCAGCGUACGUGUGAGCGCGAGCGAGUGUCGCUGCUCUCUCAGAUGCGUUCAGCCAGGCAAGAGGAGCGUUUUAUCCCAGAAUGCACUACAGAGGGCCUCUACAGUCCCGUGCAGUGUCACGUUGCUACAGGUUACUGCUGGUGUGUCAGGGUGGACAGCGGCAGGCCACUACCAGGCACCUCUGCAAGGAAUCGCAUCCCAGACUGCACUGGUACAGAGGAGGCACCACCAGAUAAGAUGUAUCGAGAGAAACCUCUGCCCGGAUGUCCAGGAGCUCAUAAGAAGCAGUUCCUGCAGAGUCUGGUCAGAGCUCUGCAACUGGAAGCAGAGCAUGCUGGGAGUCUGAGUCCCUACCAGACCUCCAACAUACCUCCCUCCAAAUCUCCAACCUCUGCCAACCCUUCCUCAUCUUCAUCCGCUUCCUCCUCCUCCUCCUCCUUCUCACCCCUGGACGUUUCCCCUCCCGCUGCUCCAGAGACUGUGGAGUCCUCCAGACCAGAGUUAGUGCUGCGGUGGCACUUCAGUCAGCUGGACGUCGACUCCAGCGGGAAGCUGAGUGAACGUGAGGCUCGACCCCUUCGUCAGUUCCUGCGGCGGAGGCUGAAGCCACGGCGGUGCGCCAAGAAGUUUGCUCAGUACUGCGACAGGGACGGAGACCGAGGCCUGACGCUGGAGGAGCUGAGGGUCUGCCUGGGCCUCUGAGAGGCAGAGUAACCAGAUAAAUCACCUGAUGACCAAAGGCCAACUUCUUCCACAUCAUUGUCAUCUUUCAAGGCUCAAGGUUCUUUUUUUUAAAUCAUCAUUAUUUAUCGUCUUCUUAUCAGUUUUACAGA